CGUCGUCUGGCACUUAACAAAAAUUGAAUCAGUAUGGAGAAGAAGAGGAUUCUAAAUACAAAUUCAUCGAGUGGACCAAAGACUUCGAGUAGUAAUUUAGAAACUGACGAAUUUCAAGGAGACACUUCAGCAUUGAUUGGUCUCUUCGAGGCGAUAUUAUCGGAGGACAGUUCGGAGGAGGAGGAAUGCGCGGGAAAUUCGAAAGAAGAAAUUCAAAAAAAGGACGUUACGCGAAAUCAAAACGUAACAGACAAAACUAGUUUUACGUCGAACGAAGAUGGAAACGAGAUCAUCCUCGCAAUGAUUUACCAAAAGAAUCAUCUUGGCGCAGCAUACUACGACGUGAUAACGUCUGAAUUAUUCGUAAUGGAGGACAUAACUGAUGACAAUCCUGAUUUCAACAUCGCAAAGACUCUAUACAGACAAUGUCAGCCACGAUACGUCGUCACGCUAAUGGGCGUCUCUGAUAAUUUCGUUAAUGUCGUCAAACGACUGAUAGUAACGCACAACAUGGACGAACAGCAAGAAGCAAGUAGCCAGGCGUCAUCAGAGAUCAGUAGAUCGUCCCAAGUCGUUUUGAAGAUUAUGCCCAGGAAAGAAAAUAAUUACGAAAUCUGUCGCAGUCGUGUGCACUGUCUUCGACUCGUCUGCGAAACGUCUGACGUCACUAACGACGAAAGGAUCAUUUUUCUGAACUCUGUGCUCAACUUCAAGUGCCUUGUCAUGAUCCAUGCACUAGGAUUACUGUUGAGAUACCUCGAUAUGCAUUGGGGCGGAUUGGCGCUCAAGAGCGAGACAAAUGCACAGUAUCUUCAUAUUAAUUAUAUUUCAUUGAAAGAUGCUGUAAUGAUAGACGAUGACACUUACAAUGCACUGCAAGUCGUUCAGCCACGUUAUCAUCCGAGUUUAUUCAAAUUUGGCAACUACUUGCAGAGUCAGGAAGGUCUUAGUCUGUACAGUAUUCUUAAUCGUUGUAAGUCGCGAUCAGGAGUUCGAUAUUUAUGGAAACUCUUGAGGCAUCCGACCAGGAAUAUCGAUACGCUAAACGAGAGAUUCAACCUGAUCGAUUAUUGUCUAAAAUCGAAUAAUCAGGAUAUCAUAGAGAAUUUGAAAUCAUGUCUAAGGCACGUAUAUCCUAUGGGUAAAGUUAUUCUUGACAGACAAUCUGCUCCAAAAGCUACAGCCUCUGAUUGGAAUAAAUUGUACAAGACAAUAUCGAAUGUGAUUUGCAUCGGUGAGAUCUGCGGAAAUAUUCAAAGCAAAAGUACACUCUUUGCAAAAAUUGCAAACGGCAUCACGAACGAGAUGCACAAUUUAAAAUAUUUUAUUAAAUACGUAGUAGACUUCGAUGGGGUCAAACAGAAGAAUAAAUUUUCUGUUAAUCCUGGAGUCGAUCCAAAACUUGACGAAUUGAAUCAUCAACGAAGUAACCUACCGCGGCUUCUUACCUUAAUCGGGGAGAAAGAUAUGAAGACUUUGCCAAAAUCUGUACUCGGCUGUAGAAUGAUUUACGUUCCUGACAUUUGCUACGUGUUGGCCAUAACCGAAUGGAUCAGUUCACCACCGGAGGAUCACGAGGUUCCUGGUCUGGAAUUUAAAUUCAUGGUGAAUGGUAUCCGUCAUUACAAGAGCAGCGGCGCCCGAGAACUAGAUGAUACGGUGGGUGAUAUAUUCUUGAAGAUAAUUAACCGUGAGAGUCAGAUAAUGUCAAAAUUGGUUCGAUACAUAAAUAAACAUGUCAGUCCUGUUAUUAAAGUCAUUGAGUACUGUGCUGAGUUGGAUACAUUACUAUCUUUCGCCAUGGUAGCUCAAGAUUUUAAUUACGUAAGACCAAAAAUGGUCGAGACUCCAAUACUGUCCAUAAAACAAGGUCGUCAUCCACUGAUGGAACGUCUUGUCACAUUUUUACCUAAUGAUACAGAGUCCAGAGAAGAUUCCAGCAGAGUGAAGAUCCUGACUGGACCAAAUUCCAGUGGGAAGACAAUAUAUCUAAAACAGGUUGCCCUGAUAGUGUUUAUGGCACAUAUAGGCUGUUAUGUUCCAGCUGAAUCAGCCACCAUUGGCACAGUCACUCAUUUAUUGACAAGAAUUCUGUCAAUCGAAAGUACUGCUCUGAAUGCUAGUUCCUUUCUAAUAGAUCUGAGACAGAUAAAUAUGGCUCUACGUUCAUCCACGUGUAAUUCUUUGGUCAUAAUGGAUGAAUUUGGUAAAGGCACGUUGGAAACAGAUGGUCUGGCUUUAUUAGCCAGUGUGCUCAGCAACUUCAUAGAAAGGGGCUCGAAUUGCCCACAUAUAUUUGCCGCAACGCACAUUCAUCGUGUCGUGGAUUUCGUACCGCAAUGUCCCUUGGUAGAGAAACAAACAUUCGAGUAUGUCGUGAACGAGGAUGGCUCGCUGGUUUUUCUCUAUCGUGUGAUUCCUGGAACAGCAACCUGCAGCUUCGCGCAUUCCGUGGCGAAAAGUGCAGGUUUGGAGAGAGAGGUGGUGGAACGUGCUCUGGAGGUCUACAAGUGCAAGAAGACUGGAAUUCUAGCAACGUCGGAAUCAGAAAGAUGGCAGCAGCACUGUUGGAGAGAAUUGAAUAAAUACUUGAAGACAUACGAUGGCAAUUUCAAUAAGGAGAAAUUAAAAAUAUUAAUGAAACAGUUAAUGUCUCGUCGUGAAAUACUGCCGACACCUAUGAAAUAACGUAAAGAC